CGCUUCACUGAGCAGAAACACUACUUCUCAGGAAAACACAAGUUGUACGGCUUCAAGAUCGAGUGUGCGAUGGUACCACCAGGCUUGGCGGUGCAUGUGUCGAAGCACUACCCUGGAUCUGUGUCCGGCAUAGCCAUCUGUAUGAAGAAUCUGGAAGUGCACAAGCGGCUGCUGCACAAGACGACUGCUGAGGCUGGGCGAAACGACUACGGAGAAGACUCGAUGUCGUUUGGCAACAUGUGGGGUGUUCGGGCCGACAAGGGUUAUCAAGGGCUCGAAAUGUCUGUGCGCGCCAUCAUACCGAAGCGUCGUCCUCGUGGCGGACCUCUGACGUACGACGAGGAGAGUCGUAACCGGCGCGUUUCAUCGGAUCGUGUUUUGGUGGAGAACUACUUUGGCCGCAUGACGACACUCUGGCGCGUGGUGAGCACUACGUUCACGUGGAGUGAAGCAAAGUUCGACAGGAUCGUGAACAUUUGCGUGGCACUUACCAACUUUCACGCCAAGCUGCAUCCUCUACGG